ACUAUAUAAGAGUAAAAACUGUAUUUAGAUAGAUAUAUAUACCUACCUAUAGUUGGUAUAGUAAUAUGUACAUAUACAGCUUAUUCUAUAUUUAAUAUUUAUAUGCAAAGUAUAUGUCGUAAAUACAGUAUAUCUAUCUCUCUGUACAGUGCACUAUACAUACAAUAUAUAUUAUAAAAGCCUUUAACAAAACUACUCUAUAUAGUCAGUUGAUUGUAGCAUUUCUAAAAUACAUGAACAUUCUAUUGAAGAUGUUAGGUAACAGUGUGGUUUCAUUAGAAUUUCGGUUGAUUGAUUGAAUUCGAUGAAAGAGUUAUAGACGGUAGAGUUGAUGGAGAAUGGAAAAGAGAGAAAGAGAUGCAGACAACCGGAUGGAAAGAACGAAAAGAAAGAGCGAAAAGGACCAAGAAAUAUAUUGAAAAAGAAAUAAACACCAAAAAAGAAGAAAAGAUAGAAUAGAUAAAUAGAUAGAUUGAUAAAUAGAUAAUAGAUAUAUAGAUUACAAGAAAUAUAAUUAAAACAAUUGAGCAUCAUUAUAUGUUAUCUUGUUAUUGAAGCUUGUAAAUUAUUUUACGAUAGGCUAUUAUACUAGUCAAUAAUAUUGGUUGCACUGAACCAGGUAACAAACAAAAAAACAAAAAAUGCAUAAGUCUUUUGUGGAUACAGAACGGGCUUGUCAGUCAUUUAUAUACAUUACCGAUAGCACGUGUUACUGAUAAAAACCUAAUGUAUCUUACCCAUCUGCAAUCGUGCACGGUAUUGCUGUACAUUUAUCAAUUCCCCGCAUUUAUUUGCAGAGUGUUUUGCCGUACAGUUUAUACAUAAAACACUUUCUCCUGAGUCUCCUAAAUUUUCCAAUCUUUUCCAGAUGUUAAACUCAACUUUUCCAACGGAUAUUACAAACUUUUUCUAUGUAAUUCCUGCUACACUACUCGGACUUAUCGAUAGUUUAAUAAUUGCUGGGAAUAGUCUUGUUAUAGCAGCAGUAAUUACAAGCUACAAACUUAGAACUGUAACUAAUAUGUUUAUUGUCUCUUUGGCCUGUGCUGAUCUUCUUUUGGGUCUGGUUGUUUUACCUUUUUCUAUCUCAAAACAAGUUGUUAAAGGAUGGCUUUUCGGGACUGUUUGGUGUUCUAUUUGGCUGGCUGUUGACGUUUGGAUGUGUACAGCCUCCAUAUUAAAUUUAUGUGCCAUUUCUUUAGAUAGAUACAUUGCUAUAACGCGACCUUUUCGCUAUCCCGCUAUUAUCAACUGGAGGAGAGGAAAGAUUCUCGUAUUUACAGUAUGGAUAUCUUCUUUUAUUAUUUGCUUCCCUCCGUUAUUAGGCUGGAAAAGAGAUAACUCUCAAGGAAAUGGUGGAAACAAUACAAAAGCAGAAUGCAAUUUAACAUCGGAGCCAGGUUAUAUUAUAUAUUCGGCAUUAGGCUCAUUUUACAUUCCAAUGUGCAUUAUGACUUUCUUUUACUGGAGGAUCUAUGUUGCGGCUAGAAGAACUGCCAAAGGAAUAAAGAGAGGUGUUCUUAUAACAAAAGCUGGAAAAAUGCUCUUACCUUCUUCGCCUCACGAAAAAGUAACACUUCGAGUACAUAGAGGAGGAGCAGUUCAUCAGCCUGCAGCCGUUGAUAAUGUUUAUAAAGUUGUUAAUGGAGUAGCUCAAGCUCACCAAAAUAAGAAAAAAGUCCGUGACGGAAAUAAACCAAGGUGUAAAAAUGUCCGAUCUCACCUUAAAAAAGUUAAUAAGGAAACUAAAGCUGCAAAAACCGUUGGGAUUAUCGUUGGAUGUUUUAUAUUUUGUUGGCUUCCAUUCUUUACAAUAUACUUUUUGGGAGCAUUCAAUGUUAAUGUACCCGUUCUUGCAUUCGAUGUGUUUUUUUGGCUUGGCUAUUGUAAUAGCGUUAUUAAUCCUUGUAUUUAUGCCCUCUUUUCCAAAGACUUUAGAUUUGCGUUUCAGAGACUUUUAUGCUGUAAAUGUAAAGAUAAACAACGGAAGCCUAAAACUCUUAUUAAUAUGGUUAAUAGUUUAAGGCAUCAAGUGUCUUCCAAUCCCUCAGAAUCUGGAUCUGAAUAGAAGAAAUUUUUAUUGUUACUAUUUAAUUUUAAAGGAAAAGCAAAAGGGAAAACAGAUAAGAAGAAUCGGGGAAAAACUUUACAAUUUCUUUUUGACAUAUUAUUCUUUUUCUACUAAAUUAAAAUCGAAAGGAAAAACAAAAAGAGAAUCUCUAACAACGUUAGGAUAACAUCAGCAAGAAAAUCAAAAGAGUAAAAUAUAGAAUUCAAAAGAAUUCAUCAGUUUUCCAUUUCAUAUUAAAAUUUUAUUUAGAGGAAGAAAAACUUUAUAGAAACUCUUUACCAGUUCAAGGAGAAAAGCAGAAACUGUAUUAAAUGUCUAUAUUUUUUUUUUUUAAAAAAAUUGAGAUCGUA